GUGAGAACGGUAGCUAUGUUUCGGUCGGUGGCGAUUGUCGCAAUAGCUCCACACCCUCGCCACCGCUGUGAAUUUGGCCGGAAAGUACCAUAUUUUUUAGAGUUUCACGGGAUAGACUCCGCCGAUUGAAAAACUGACCGACAAUAACACGCGUAUGUCCUGCUCGCAGGUGUGUACCGAACCGCAAGAGCCAGUUCGUUGAUGGCAUCGAGUAUUUCACGUUCUCCUCUCGCUGUGUAAUACCAAGUCAAAUCAAGGUUUGGCGUCGUCAACCGGACGAGCGGAAAAAACUUUGUUUUGGUCAGAGAAAGCCGAAUAGCCGUGCCACGCGCAUACAACAAUUUGGGGGGUCAGGCGCAGGGCUAACUGUGCAUCCUACUUAGUCUCGACCUGAAUCCUUAUGAUUUUGAUCACUUCUGCACUCAUUGCGAUCAAUCGGAGGAGAGGCUCGAGCGGUGAGCUUUCCGGUAGCUUUCGUUUGAGCACUUCCGCGUGCCGAUCGGGUCACGCGGCCACGACAUACGGCAAGGUGCCCACCAGCCCCUUGAUGUGGAGCAUCUUGAGCCUCCUCGGACUCCUGCUGCUAAAAAGCAUGGGUCGGCAGAGAGUGGACGCCGCAGCCGAUGAGAAGGCGUGUGAAGCGGUCCGCAGCGGUGUCAUGUCACAGAAGGCCGCUGUUGCUGCCUUUGGGGUGGGUAAAACCUCCCUGCAGUGGCGCCUGGGCGGUGUGUACGCCAUGGACGCGAGGGUUGGCCCCGAGACUGUCAUGACCAAAGCCAAGGAGGAUGCGGUAGAAAAUAUCCUGCUAAAGGCUGGUAGAAACUACAUUCCUCUCAGCACCGCAGACCUCACGGAACGCGUGAGACUGCUCUGGAACGACGGUCGGCCUAUCCCGUGGAACCGGGACAAGGACCCGGGGAAGGAUUGGCUGAGGGACUUCCUCGGACGGCACGAGCGCGCCAGCAAGCGACUUGCCCCGCAUCUCCGAGUCAAACAGGGUGACCACGCCGGAGGACGAGCGUCUGCCCAAGUUCUACGAUUUAAGUUGUACGAUUUUUGGGGAGAGGUCCCCGCUCAGCACAAGCCGGACCCCGACCACGUUUGGAACACGGACGAGUCCGUCGCGGAAUGUCCGUUGUACAAGAAGGAGAGGGAAGUGUACGUGACUGAGCUGGGAAAAAUAGAUGGAACGUACAGGGAGAUGUUUGAGGCAUGGAAUAGAGAGGAAAGGACGGUAGCUGUACUGGGGCAUAGGAGGUGGGUUGAAAAGGCGGGA